AUGUCCAUGAAAAAGCAACUCACAGAGAUAGACUCUAAGCUAGAAACUUUACGUCUUAAACUAAAGCAAGCCGAGGAAAUCAUAGCAAAACGUGAUAGAGAAGCCGUCGAACAGCACCGGAUUACCAUUUUGAAUUUAACUAGAGCUGUCGAAAAUCUUCGUAGCUCUAUCGAAGAACUAAAAUUUAGUGCGGGUGAAUCGGAAGAAACGGUCACAACAUGGUCUCAGGAGAUCGCGCAAGAGCUUUCCUACGCCGAUAAAUCUUGCGCUAAACUAUCUAAGUGCGCUAAAGUGAUUGACGAUGAAUUAAAAGCGGCUGAAGAAGCCAAACGGCAAGAAACUGUGAUUGGAUUUGAAAAACAAUUGAUACGACAAAAGCUUGAAGCCGAACUCAAACAAAAGGAGCUCAGUGUGAAAUCCCCCGCGGCCGUAAAACUACCGAAACUUACAAUAACCAAAUUCAAUGGCACUCCUUUGGAUUGGGUUCUGUUUGAAGGUCAAUUCAAUGCGAUGGUAGAUAGUCAACAAGUAGCAGCUAUCACCAAAUUUUCUUACCUAAAGGAACUCGUUGUUCCACGUAUUAGAAGUGCGCUUGACUGUCUGCCAUUCACAGAUGAAGGUUAUGCACGCGCCAUAAUUAAAAGUAUUUACGCGAGAAAUAUGGUCGCCCUAGUGAAGUUGCCGGCCACUAUAUCAUUGCUUUGUUAGAGUUACAGCCUGUUACCGAGCGCGAUGUUCGUAAAAUACAUAAAUUUUAUGAACAACUAUUGUUCAACGUCGAGAGCCUCCGCACACUGGGGAAACUUGAGACGAUUGAAGGUGCUUCCUUUCACAUCAUAAUUAAGAAAUUAGAGGUUUUAAAAGCCGAGUUAGUCACGCAUGUUUCGGGUGAUUCGAGAGAUUGGUCAUUUUCAGAACUGCUCGAGGCUUUAAGAAAAUGGACGGAGACAAAUGCGUUUAUUAAAACCGAAAAACGAAACCCUAGGCGACCAGAAAUCUCGAACGGGAGUACAUUUCACUCGCGUGAUUCUAAUGUGUGUGUUUAUUGUCAAAGUACCGAUCAUAAGACCACCCAGUGUAAUGUAAUUUCAUCGCCUGAAGGUUGA